GCGCAGGGACAUGGUGCGGAUGGAUGGCUGUCCACACGGCCACAAGAGGACCAGAACAAAGCAUGGCUGGGAAGCCUUUCCGGGCCACCUACAUCUGGAACAGCAUCAUUUCCAAUCUCCAAAGUCAAGUCGAGGUGAAGCACAGGCGCCACAACCUGAAGUCGUACCACGACUGCUUCCUGGGCUCAGAAGCCGUGGACGUGGUUCUGUCGCACAUCACCCUCAGCCGUUUCUUUGGCGAUGAGGCGGUGCCUCGACACAAGGCCGUCCGGCUCUGUCAGGUCCUCAUGGACUCUAAGGUGUUUGAGCCAGUCGGGGUUAAAGUGUUUGGAAAGGAGAAGAAAAGAGACAAGUUCGAGGACAGCAGCGUCAGUUUGUACAGGUUCCUGGGUCCAGUAACCACCUCCUCCUUAUCUCUGACCAAUACCAACUCCCAGUCCACCGGUGCCAUCAAGAGUGGCUAUGGCUCGCCGAACAUGAACCAGAGCAGCUGCUCGCUGACAAGCGAAAGCCAAGGGGUCCCAAGCUACACCACCCACUCCCCGGUAAAGAGAGAGAAGCUGCUGGAGGAGGUGCUGGGGAACCUGAACCUCAGCACCACCACCACCCCCCAGAUGAGCCACCUCGGCCUCACGCAGGAGUGUUUGUAUGAAGUGUGGCACCAGCAGGCGGUGUCCAGGCUGCUGCAGCUCAUAGAGCUCCCCCUGCUGGAGAGCUUGUUAGAAGGCGAGGUCGCUUCACGAUCCUCUCUGCAUGGCAUGGCCAGCGACCCAGACCUGCUGUGUACAACCAGCUACCUGGACAGAGAAGUUCUGAAAGCCUUCAGUGAAGCACAGGCUGAUGAGUGGAUGUCAGUGGCGGUGGACUGUCUGGAGUUUCUGCCUGAUGAGCUGGUGGUGGAAGUCAGUCGAGGUUUGGCUGCUUGUGCGGAUGACCUUGUUCAGUGCAAGAGGUUGCUUUACCAGGUCCUGGUCAGGCAUUACGCACAGACGCAGCGGCCGCCUCUGCUUAACAACUAUAUCUUUGAUAUCCACUCUGGGAUCUCAGAACUACUUGUGAACGGGAAGCUGGAGCCGGCUCUGGAGGCGCUGCAGCUGAGCCUGAGGCUGCAGGACUCCCACAGCCGGGAGGAACUCCGGAGGCUCCUGAGAUUCAUGGCCACUGCGGCCAAACCGCAGGAGGUGAAGCUGCACAAAGAGAUUGAGAACAGGAUGGCGGUAAAGAGGGCUUUCUCCAGCUCCAUCGUGUACAGCGGAAGGCUCUCGAAGGGCAAGGUGGACUUGAUGGUUCUGUUCAUGAUGGAUCACCACUGUGAUAUGUUCAAAAUUCCCGUCUCCUUGCACAAGAUGGUGAGUGAAAGAUUGAGGAAUAUCGUGCUGGGGAAGGAUCCGGAUGUGAUAACAGGCACAACAUACUGCUCCAGGGUCAGUGCCAAGGAAUAUUCUGAAAGUGGACAGAAAGCCACAAAGGAGGAGAUCCUUUCUCUACUGAGGACAGUUUAUGAGAACCCCAAAUUCUCCCGGAAGGAGAAGAGGCGACUGCUGGGACAGUUUUAUAAAGCUCACCCUGAGACUUUUGUUCAGUACUUUGGAACGAAAUUGUCUAGUAUCAACAUGUUGUUGCAGUGAUAUUUAUACAAGUUAUAUGCACAUAGUAACAGAUGACUGAGCAAAAGUGUAAGCUAUAAUAUUUAAUGAUCUAUUUAACUAUUUUAUGUGGUGCGGGUCACUGAGGCAAAAUGCUCAUUUUGAUGUGAAAAAACCACUGAUGCAUUUUCUGAAAUAGAAAAAAGUUAUUUUUACUUUUUAAGCUCAAACAGACAUUAUAGGUCUGAUUCAGUCAGAAGCAAACCUGCAGGUUGGCUGUGGCUGUUAUUCUUGUGCAAUAGCAUCAGAUAAAAAUGUGAAAAUUUGACAUUGGAAACCUUAGAAGUUCCUUAUUCUGCUUUAGUGACAGUGGGGACGUGCUCCUGACUCUGCCUCAUUUUGUUUUCUGAAAAAUCAAAACAGAUGUUGGAGAGGAUUAUUUUCUUUUAUGACAAUCUCAGCCACGUUUUAGUGGUUUUUGUUUAAGUCAGGUACAAAUAACCCUUCUAAUUGGCUUACAGGAAAUGACUGGAGUGUUUCCUGUUGGUUUGAAACAUCUUGUUUGUAUUUUAGGUCGUCUGAGGUAAAAUUGCGAUGUAGAACAGAAGCGUUCAUGCAUCUUUUGCAUCAGUUCUAAGGAGACAAUGACAUCUGGUAUGCUAGCUAUAAACUGAUUCAGAGUGGAUAAUUGUGAAAGACAAAGCAAUUAUCUGCAUUUAAAUUUAAGAACAAUAAACUUGUGAAUUUGUUUCUGUGAAAUCAGA